UUGGGUAAGGAUGGCUCAGUCAAAAACGUGGUGUGAUCAAGUCAUCUACUGUUCCCGCAGGGGUGCCGGAAAAUAACUUUAUCCAAUUCUAGAAAAAGGUUUAGGAUAGUGUUGAGUGUCCUCUGACAAGGACAGUGUGCAGUGUUACUCAUCUCUUAAGACAGUCUUUACUUUUCUUGAUCGUAAAAGGUGUCUGAAAAACGUGAAAAGUCUUGCAGAGGAUUUUAGAGUACUUGAUGUAAUUAUUUCACAAUUAUGACGUGGAUCCCAGGAAAGCAUUUUAACAGGCUACCAGAGCAGAUUUUCAAGUCGCAACGGAAAAGACUCUUUUGUCUUACUUAGUCUACAACGAGUUCCUCUGAAUAUUUGAAAAUAAAAAAAAAGUUUCUAAGUACUCAAAGAAUCUACUCGUAAUCCCGAACGCUCUUGAAGCGUUGACAAGUCUCAAACGCGAUAUCAAACUGUUUGAAACUGUCUUAGACUUUUGAACUUACCAACCCAAUAACAACAGUUAAUUAUAAGUGAAAAAUAACUUUCCUGAUCUUAUUAAUAGUGAACGAUUCCUCAUUUGCGCCAACAUGGGUUGCGGUGAAAGCAAAGACGUUCAGAGGAUCAGCAGCUCAGACGCUCAGAAAAAGCUCCAGUCCUCCUUGAAGGGACUCGACGUGGUUAGGAUAUCUUCCGCGACCUCUUCCUCCUCCGGGGUGGGCUCAGGGGAGUCGGGUUCGGCCCCUAACUCCCCGGAGGAAAAGUUAUUCGGUCUGGAGUCGGAGGACUCCCUAGGCAACUUACCCACCACGUUGGAAAACAUUCCCGACAGCGACUUAGGGGAGUCGCUGGACUGCAGAAGGGGCGGCGGCGGCAACAACUGGUACAAAACGACGAAAACGCCGCCCACCUCCUCUGUCACGGCGCCCAACUCCUCCUCCGCCCGCAGUCAUGACUCGAGCGACUCGGGCAUCUACGACCUCGACGACGACUACUCCUUCGUCAUCACGGAGAACUCGCCGCCGGAGUUGGUCAAGAGAGUCAUCGAUGACUUCACGCCCAUAGAGAACAUUGACUUGACGUUAACGGGGAAGCAAUGCCCUCGGCUGUUGAGUGGCUACCAAAAGGCGAGACAGGAGGAAGCUGAGAUCCUGGCGUCCCUUCGGGAGGAAGGAUUUAUCUCCACAUCGAGGCAGCGAGCUGGAGGGGGCAUGGCCUUCGAGAUCAUUGAGGCCACGCCAGUCACCGAGUCGGCCUCUAGCAGCAAGUUCAAACCAAAGGACUUCCUGCCCCAGGGAACGAAAGAUUACCUGGACUCACAGAGAACCAAACAUCAGCUGAAAAACUUCACUCCAGAGGAUGUCGAGCAGCGAAUGCAGCUGGCAGAAGAGAGAAGACUUGCUGAAAUCGCUGCCAAGAAAGAGAAGAUGGUUUCGCUUUACAAGAACGACGCAGAAGAAAAGAAGUCCCACGAACUGAGAGACAAAUUAGUAAAUAAGAAGGACGCAGCCUUGGAGAAGAGGGAGGCCCACCUGAAAGAACUGAGAGACAAGCUGAAGGAGAAGAACAAGAAGAUCCAGCAGGUGAAACUGAAGAAGCUUAUCAACGGACCUCCAGUUCCGAUUCCAGUGGCGCCUUCGGCAGCAGCUUACAGAGAAAGGGGCUAUGACGAUUUCUUUAACUGAAAUGACAGAUUCGUGCACGAUAACCUUUGCCAGUGUGUUUUGAAAGCUUGAAGGGUGGCUUUUGUAUGGCAUCUUUAAUAUAACUGGCGACUGACGGAGAUUUCUGGCAAUGAGUUUAAGGGUCCUUAUUCGAAAUUAACCAGUGAUCAGGGCUCGGGGAGUGUAAGCUGUGUUGACUUUAUUUUCGCGGUCUCUGCCAGUCAUAUAACGCUGCUGGAUUCAGCAACAAGGCAUUCGUAUCCAAAAUAUGUUUUUUUUAAAGUUUUGUGGAAGCCUUUUGAAUCGAUUAUCUUAUAUUAGAUAACAUUAAUAUUUGGGAACUUACAAUGAUUUUGGUGAAUGAUUCGAAAGCCUUGGGGAUUACUGUGGUAUCAUGUAGCUUAUAUUUUACAACUUACAACGAUGUCUGUAAACAGAUAUUUUAAAGCCUGACGAAUACGAUGAUUUGGUAAAUGAUUUUAGGCUUCAUGAAUGACCUUGUCUCUUUUGAAACAGCUGAAGAUAUGAGCACGCUGUUGCUUUGCAUGAAAGAAAACGGUUGAAAAAGAGGAGAGAUGAACGCUUGUCUCAGAUUAGACAGCCAUGGGUGAUUAUAUUUCUUAUUUUCAAAUAGUUGUAGAUAUAAAUAUAUAUUUCCAUUUUUAUAUCGUCUAAAUUUUCUGCUGAAACAACUGUUGUUGGUAUGAAUAAGGCAACAACAAUUUAAUAAUGUUUUCUGUGUUGGAAACAAAUUUAACUUCAAAUGAGAUUUAUUUUUCGUAGGAAAUGUCAGCUUGGCAUUGUUUUAUUUUGUCGUUACUACAUCAUUCUAGUUUCAUCUUUCACGUGUAUGUAAAGCAUUAACGUAUUCUUUUAUUCAGAUUUAGUGGAGAUAGCAGCGUGUAUGGUAACGUAUGAAUGUCAACUGACUUAAGUUUUCCGUCCUGUGAAUAGAAUGAGUGAAUGACAGUCAAAGGCUUAUCCUUCCUCCGAACUUCUUUCGAGUUUUGACUUCUUACCGACAUCUUUCUAACUCUAUGGAACUUGUUGCGCAAUGCUGAGGCCUUAUUAUUGUAAAAACAACAAUGAAUUUCAACCUUAACUGCCUUACUGCCGUUGGUGUACAACUGUACGUCAACCAUAUGGAUCUAGACUCGACAAUUCUUCUUCUUUCCUUCUUCGUGCUUUCUUAUGGUCUCCCGAUCUGAAAGUGUGAUAUUCAAUCAUUUCCUCAUAUAUUUUGUAGAAAACUUGUACAUAACAGGAUCUGUUGUCAUCAUAGGUACACAAAAAAGGUCAUUAAUCUUAGCUUUAAGAAUGACAUACGAAUGAAGUUGCGUUACUUGCCUAAGACUUCCCUUACGUCACAAAAUCAAAUCACAUGUCACGGAGACAUCUGUCGAUAGGAUUUCAUCGUUUACAUUAGAAGUCACAUCAUCAUCCAUAGAGAGGGUUUAGUCAUACUUUCUUAAAAUGCGCGAUUUUUCAAAGGAUCAGUACCCAAGUGUAAUCAAAAUACGUCAUGCCAGGUUUACGAGUCAGUUCCUGUGAAACUUUAAAACAGAUUUAACGGAACGUUCAUUGGGAGCAUCAAUGACGAAAUUGACGAGGCUUUCGUACACUCACUUCAAAUGCAUUUUCUUCUUCAUGGCACCUCUCAGAACAUGAAAAUGCGUAUUUUAUCUUAAGAAAGAGGGUAUCAGUUCCACCGGGAAUUAUUGUCCUGUCGAAAUGUGUCACGUUAACUAUAGUAAGCUGGUGAUGGAAAUUCACCCACACUCGACUCUCCCUCUCUCUCUCUCUCUCUCGGUUUAUGAUUUUAUUAUCAUUCAUAUUUCCUGUAUACUUCCCAAUUCUUAUGAGCAUUUACAAAUAGGGAUAAAAAUAACACUUAAUAAUCUGUAUGGUUCUGAUUUUCUUAAGUUUUGCCUAUUGUAAUUAAAUCUUUUAAAUAAUUCUUACUUAAAAGGCUGUUAUGUAAUACAGAAACACUUCCUCAAUUCAUAUUUUUUAAACGUAGAUGCCUUCAGUGUUAGUUCCGAGUGGUUAAAAUCUUUUCAUUUGCUGUGUGUGUGUGUGUGUGUGUGUGUGUGUGUGAGAGAGAGAGAGAGAGAGUGAAAAAGAUUGUAGUUUUGACUAAACUUCAUACUACUUAAUAUAAGUGAUAAAAUCAUUAUUGUAUUGUUGAUUUACUCAGUGAAUUAUGACCAUUGUCUUGUGUGUGUAUGUGUGUGUGUGUGUGAGAGAGAGAGAGAGAGAGAGAGAGAGAGAGAGAUAGAGGGAGAGAGCGUGAAAUUGUAGUUUUGACUAAACUUCAUACUACUUAAUUUAGGUGAAAAAAAAACAGGAUCUUAUUGUCGAUUUCUCGGUGAAUUAUGACCAUUGCCUUGUGCGUGUGUAUGUCUGUGUGUGUUUAUUAGAGAGAGAGAGAGAGAGAGAGAGAAGAGCAGGAAAAAACUCUUGGCGAUCAGCCCUGUUUUAACGCUAUUUACUGAUCAUACAAAAGAUUUCUGUUUAUACCCUGAUCGUGAGCAUCAGCAUCAUCUUUUUGUAUAUUGCCGGUGUAGGCCUAAGCUAAUGCUCGACACAGAAGUUGUGUAUGAAAAUGCCCACUGCUAUUUGAAUGGUACAAAGUUUUUUGGAUGUAGAUCUUAG